CAAGACAUCUCGCAGGGGUUUAGCGAGAGCCGCAGCGAGACCUCUACUCUUCCUCUUCGUCUUCGUCUUCGCUUCCCCAUUUCAUCGAUCUCCUUCGCAGCGGACGGCCAAUGGAACCAGCACCAAAAUGUCUUUGCCGCGAUCCUGAUUCUUAUUACCUUCAACGAUCUCCGAUGAUAAUUUCGAUGGACCUUCAGCCUAACCCAAUCGAUCCCCAGCCAGAACGCUCCAGAAUUGUAAGGCAUAAAUGCUCUGCAUGCUACAAGCAGUACAAGAAGAAGGAACAUCUUGUUGAACAUAUGAGGGUGUCUUAUCACUCUUUUCACCAGCCGAAGUGUGAUGUCUGUAAAAAGCACUGCAUAUCUUUUGAAUCAGUGAGAGAACAUCUUAAAGGUCCCCUGCCAAAGGAAAGUUGCGCGAAGACAUUUUCCUCUCUCGGCUGUGAUCUGUGCUUGAAAGUCUUUGAUGACACUGACGUUCUCAGUGCACAUGAAAGCUCAUGUCGCCUGGAUCCUGCUAUCAUCCCUGAAAUUCCUGCAAUGCUUUCUUUGGAAACAUGUGAUAUGGAAGUCUCUAGUUCAACUGUGGCAGAUGCUAAUGAGCAAGGUCCUGAAGUGGUUGCUCUAGAUUGCGAGAUGGUAGGUGGUGGAAGUGAUGGGACCUUGGACCUUUGUGCCAGAGUCUGCCUCAUUGGUGAAAAUGAAAAUGUGAUAUUCCAUUCAUAUUGCAAGCCCCUGAUUCCUGUUACUAAUUACAGAUAUGAAAUAACAGGGAUAACUGAAGAAAAUUUGAUCAAUGCUCCUCCACUCAAGCAAGUAAGAUCCAGAAUUGAAGAGAUACUGUACAAUGGAGAAACACCAUGGAGAGCUCGUAUCUUAGGCGGGAGAGGCAGGAUUCUUGUGGGUCAUGAUUUAGAGCAUGAUUUAUGGUGCUUGGACAUGUAUUAUCCUAGCCACUUAAUAAGGGAUACAGCACAAUAUCGACCUUUGAUGAGAACAAAUUUGAUCCCCCAUUCACUGAAGUAUCUCACAAAGACCUACUUAGGGUAUGAGAUACAAACCGGCAUACACCAUCCGUAUGAAGAUUGUGUUGCUGCACUGAGGAUCUAUAAGAAAAUGCGAUCUCUGUCUCAUCCAAACUUUUCAUUGCCGAAUCAUCGCAAAGACUUUCUUGAUGCUAACAGUAGUAAUUCAUUUGAUUUUUUAACUAAGAGGGAACUUAUGAACUUGUCUCCUGAUGCUUUGUUGGAGAUGUCACUUCCUAAUUACAAGUGCUGGUGUUUGGAUGCAAAAAAUCCCAUGAACUCUUAAUAUUUCACUGCAAUGACUGCAUCCUUUUCUUGCUGAAAAGUUUGGCACUGGAAGGUGUUCAUACCAAAAAGGUCAAAAUCUUUGAAAAGUAUGUGGGUUUUUUUUUAAAUAGCUCAAGGACAUAGUCCUGUGUUGUACCAUAAUAUGAGGAUUAGCACUGUCCAAAUGGGAAUUUUGGCAAUGCCACCUUCAAUAGCUCUUCUAUUUAUUUACUGAAAUUAUGUUCUCACAGGCUCAGAAUGAUGGUUUUCUUUGAUGAAAUCAAAGAGAAGAACUCCUCCCAUAUAUGUUGUAUGAUUGUUGCAUAUUUAUGGGCCAAUA